AUUUUCCUUUUCUCCUGUUCUUUCAAACUUGACUUGACCUGGGAUUAAACAAUCAGAAAAGUUGUAACCGUAACUUGCUUCUCGUGCUUAAAAGAGCACAAAUAGGCUGACCUCAGCACACAACAGAAAUGGUUGGAGUGGCAAAAGGUAACUGGGAAGAAUAUCCUCCUGAUUUGAUACCUAAAGAAUCAAAGAAAGACUGUUUGCCUGAAUGCUACAUGCUUUUAAAAUCCUGUGUCUUCUGUGAAGUCCAUGAACUCUUUUGAAGAAGAAGCCAGUUGCUUAAGGGCUUACCUGCAACAACCACUGUUGAAGAAAAUGCAGCAGCUGGUGUUUCAGUUUAUACCUUUAAUGUAACUGUUUCUCCAUUGUCUUCUGAAGGUGUUGCAAUACCUACCAUAGUAAAUUCAAAUCCACUUACAAAGGCUUUUGAUAUUGAACCAAAAGGAGAUCUUGAAUACAGGGUUGUUACCACUGGAAACCCUGUCCUAGAUUAUGAAACUAUGCCAAAGAGCUUUGAUUUACAGAUUUUUGUUGAAGACACAACUGGGAGAACUGAUCUUAACAUACUAACAGUCCAAGUAACAGAUAAAAAUGAACGUCCUGUAUUUCGAGGAAAUAUGGCAAUUCAAACUGUAGCGAUCUAUGUCUUGGAAGGAGCACCUCCGGAAUGCAUUUACCAAGUCGAUGCAGCUGAUCCUGAAAAUGCUGAACUCAAUUAUUCACUGCUCCCUGCACCAGUGCCAUUCUUGGUCUUGGAAAGCGGAGCCAUUUUUUCUACAAAAGAGUUGGAUUAUGAGAAAGAUCCACAUUGCUACUUUUUAAAUAUAACAGUGACAGAUCCAGACGGACUCAGCUCAUCUAAAACAGUGACUAUAAAUAUAAUUAACAUCAAUGAUGAAAGACCUUACUUUACCACAAAACAAAGAAUCUACAGGAUUCCAGAGGAGCAAAGCCCAGGCACCGUUGUUGCCAAUAUAACAGCUAAAGAUCCUGAUGAUGAAGACUCUUCCAGCAGACUUUUCUAUAGCAUCCAGUCUUCUGAUCAAUAUUUCUCCAUAAAUCCAUCGACUGGAGUCCUGCACGUGACUGGGAGAAUUGACCGAGAUGCCCUUCCACUGCGUCUCCAUCCUAACAUCUCAGUGAUAGUUCGGGUGGAGGACAGUCCCAGCGGUGGUCAUGCCAGAGAAAUGGAGAUCACAAUCAUUAUUGACGAUAUCAAUGACAACCCACCAGGAUGCAAUCCUUCUACCUUCAGGAAAGAGGCAAAUGAAAAUAUGACUGCUGGGACAUUUCUUCUUGGUCUUAGAAAUUACUGUAAGGAUAUUGAUGUUGAUCCAUCAAACAAUCGAUUUAAUUUCACUGGAUUAUCUGGUUUUGGAAGCAAUAACUUCGCUCUGGAGUCCACUGUGUCUGGAAGACUUGUGAUGACUGAAAGUAUUGAUUUAGAAAACCCAGCUAAUCUAGGAGUUGAAGUUUAUUCUUUGACUGUCAGGGUGCAAGAUAUUGCCUGUCCUAACUACUCAAAUAUCAUCUACAUUUACAUCAGGAUAAAGCCAGUGAAUGAAUUUUUUCCAGUCUUCAGUAAUUUAUCAUAUGAAUUUAAUGUUCCAGAAAUUACUAAAGUUGGAUCCAGCAUUGGAAGAGUGAAUGCCAGAGACAAGGACUGGCCAUCCAGUGUCAUCACUUAUUCUAUUGUAGCUGGAGGAGGCAGCAGGGAUUACACAAAUAUCUUCUGGAUCAGCCCAACCAAAGGAGAUGUGAAGAUUUUAGCUAGAUUAGACUAUGAAACAACUCAGAAACACAUUCUUACAGUACAGGCCUCAGACCAAGAGAAGACUGCAACAGCAUCUGUAACUGUCAAUGUUUUGGAAGUAAAUGAUGAAGAACCAGUUUGUUCACCCAAUUUCUAUUCAUUUCAAAUCCCAGUCAGCUUAGCUGUUGGGACCAAUAUUAAUGGCUUCAGGAUUGAAUGUCAAGAUCGUGAUUCUGAUCCCAGGUCUUUCCGUUACUUCAUUAAUGAAGGCAAUGUGAACAAUCAUUUCACCUUUUCACCAAGUGCCGGCUCCAACACAUCUCGGCUGAUUCUUGCAUCGAGGUUUGACUAUGAGAGUGGACUUGAUACAAACUGGAUUUACAGACUGCGCGUCUAUAUAACAGAUGACAAUUUACUAUCUGCCAGGGACAAAGCUACAUACCUUAUUAAAACUGGAACAGUGACUUUAAGCAUCAGAGUUAUCCCAAACCCAACUACUGUCAUUGCCACAACGCCUGGCUUCACUGUUGUGACGAAAAGGGAAAACCUCUACUCUGAAUCGGCGUGGUACGUGCCGUUUGUCAUCACCCUUGGCAGUUUGCUGCUCCUCGGACUGCUGGGGUACCUGGGGUUCCUGCUGGCAACGUGGGUCCGCACCUGCUGCCUGCCGGCAGGCAAAGCAGACAGCGCGCCUCUGAUAAAUGCUCCAGAAAAGAAGAAACCUAAGAAAGAAAUGGUUGUGACAAUGACAAAGCUAAACACUGUCUUUGAUGGAGAAGCCAGAGACCCAGUUACUGGCAAAAUGUAUGAAUUCAAUACACGGUCAGGGGCCCGGAGGUGGAAGAAGAGCUCCCUUCAACUGGAGCCGGCUGUGCAGGUAACAUCUAGUGCCACAGACGAUAGUGGCCAAGGGACAGACAGAGUAGAGGCACCAAGCCAAAAAAAGCCUUCAGAGAAGAGGAAAGAGCCGACUGCAGAGACAAAAGCAGCUGCCAAGCCCUUGGCACGGCAAUCAGAAACAUCAGGCCAGGAUGGGCUGAGAUUACAAAAGCAGAAAGAGGAGUCUGAGGACAGGGGGUUAUCCUCACCAGCCCCCCAAGGCAGAUACUGACCUCCUCUUCCAAAAUGAACACUGUGUUGCCAUUAAGCCAGCCUUAAAGCAGAGUGCAUGAGACUCCAAGGCGCCUCCCAAACAAACCCUGCUCUGAACAGCCAAAGAAUCAGCUGUGAUUUUCUCUAUAUAUAUCUUAGCUGCAAAACAUAAGGUGGCCAUUGCUGCAUAAACUGGACCCAAAGGCAGGAUGAAGCCGGACUUACUUUUGGCAGGUGCAGGUAAGAGUGGGAGAGAAGGGAAGGACGUGAAAGGGGGAGAAGAGGAAACGAAAGCAGAGUCACAGACAGAAGCAUCUGCUCCCCCUGGGCUACAGCCAUUGGCAGUUUCUGUCUGGAAGAGCUCUGCACCCCCAACCCCCCCCGGCCAUAUCCUCUGACUGCCUUUGGGGAGGGCAGCGUACACACGGACAUACUUUCUCACCAGUGAAUGGGUUCUCCUGACUCUGCUGAGCAGCAGAAUGGGUGAAAAGCACAUCAGGCUUGAAAAGUUUGCUGGUAAAAGCCAAAAAUAUUUUCUUCUCAUUCAGUAUUUUAUUUCAGCCCUUCCUCGCCCUCCCAUCUUGCUGUAGAAAAGACCAUGGCUUGAAAGCAGUUUUGGAGUGGAGAAAACCCACAGCUUGUUAUGGUAUCUCAGGCUGUCGUGUCAACGCUUUCAGCCUAUUUAUCUUUUGUAACACUAGCAGCAUUCAAGAUCUUCACCUUUGGUAUUUCCUCUGGCGUAUUUAAUGUUUUACAGAAUCAAGUGGAACACACUCAAAAGAAUAAUGACAGUAAACACAUGGGGUGAAAUAAUCUUUUCUGAGUGUGGGCAUGUGUAAUGUAAGUGCUGUCUAAGAACCUGAUAUAAAACAAGCAAACCCUACAAGAUUUCAGAAAAUUAUUUUAAUCUGAAGAAAAUGAAUUAUAAAUGAUUACUUAAUACUCCAUGUCUUGGCUUCUUUUCUUUCCUGAUUACAAAAAGUUUUUCUGGUGGCAAGGGACUGCUAUCAGGUGGCAAAAGAAAAUACUUGGUUUAAGUUGAGCAGGGACAGUCAGUGAAGAUUUUAUCCAAUCUGUCACAUACAUUGUUUUUUUGUCGUACAACGGAGGACCUGGAUGGAGAGGCCCAGGGUAAUUUCACUGAGGAUCCUACGUUUUACAAAACCACCCGUCACGGUGCUGCGACUCUUUGCUGUGCUCCAAAGGAGUGGUUUGGCUCAGGAACAACUUCCCUUACAAACACCAAAUGUCUUCAGUCAAAUGCCAUUUCCUUGUGCAAUCAGAAACCCAGUGUGCCAUGAACACCACAAUGAUAGAGAUAGGAAAGAGUGAUUUAUCCCCUCUGAGCGUGUUAUCAGUUUACUGUGUCUGCGGCGGUUGUUAUAGUGUUGUUUGACUCUCCAGCACCAACAAGGCUAGCCACACAUUCAGAGCUCCAACCCACCAUUGUUUGCAUUAGUUUGCUGUAAAUACGAUAUAUUCUAUUUCUCUGCAGGUGGUUUUCCAGUGACAUAGAGAAAUUCUGUGGUAACUGGUAGUACUGCUGUAACUCUGAUCUUUCUAUCACUCUGACACCAAGCUACCCUCAGGCACGCCUGGCACCUACAAACAUUAAGUCUUCGUUACCUGAAGAAGUUAGCUGCAUUGUUUUCAUGACAGGAAGACACACAGGCUUUUGUAUUUAUUUUCCUGGGCAUUUCUCUAGGGCAGCCGCUCUGCUUCCUCAAUUUCUCUCAUUCUACUUUUGUGAUUAAGAGAUAAUUACCUUUUUUUAAGGGGAGGCAGAGACAAGCUGUAGUUUUAGCCAGGAAACCUGGAAAGAGAUGGAUGAAAACUCAUCUUUCUUUACUACUGUUCCUGCUGCUGAACUGCACAAACUUCUUUCCUUCCUUCUCAGGAAAAAAAACCCCAACAGCAGUGUAACACGGUAUCACAGCAUGCUCUGACCAUCCAUGUAUGCAAACACAUUGUCAUGGCCAACACUGCUGGUGCUGUAGUCUCUCCCAGCUGGCCAACAGCUGGGUGAAAAGCAACUACCCUCAUAGUGGUGCUCAUAUACUCUAACCUCUGAACAACUGACAGCUCUACAAAGAGGCACCAUGGAUCUAAGAGCUGCCAGAUUUAAGAGCUAACACUGCCCAGGAUGCCUCUGUCCAGUUGAGGUGAGUUUAGCUGGUGUACUUGGCCUUUUGGGGGCAGGUUCAGGCAAGAUAAGGCGUCUUGUGAGUCCCAUGCGACUUGCUGCAUGGGGAAACAAGUGUGCUGACCAUAAAGCACAACUACGUCCUUCCUUACUCACACUGUUGCUUCAAUACAUGCAAUGCUGGCCUCCAGCUCCAACUAAUUCUUCAUCCUGAUCUUCACUGUAAGACCUUAUUUUGGCCAUGCACAAAACCACUUUCCUUGCUCGGGAUCUACAAAAUCAAGGAAUAACAAGGCUUUAUUGGAGCAUCAGCUUUAUGCAAAAGCAGCACAAUUUUCCUAUCAACUGCCCCUAUGCCUAUUGACUUUCCUCCCUGUGAAGGAAUCAAGAAUGAAUUCGGGUCUCACUGCACUGAAGCACAGCCAUUCAUUUCUUUCACCUGUCUUUGGUAGAGCAAAAGCAGAGAAGACAGAACUGACUGACCUAGAUGUACACUUAUUGCAUAUUGUAUGGAACAAUAUAUGAAAAGAUACUUUGAAUAUAUGUAAAAGAAAUAUAUCACUUCAUAAAAUACAGAUUUUAAUAUUUAUGCUGUGCAGUACAGCUUUAAAUGUUGGAAACCAUCUAAUUGCUAAAUCAGCUUUUGUGCUUUUUUCAUUCAGAAGUGUCUGAGAACACAGAUUCAGUGUUGAAAACUGACACUAGAUGGACUGAGAGCAAGGAUUAAGUGCAGGCUCUAGACAAUAAAAGCAUUUAAUUAUUGGAACAAUUAGCUAAGACUGAGGCCUUUCCAUCAUUUGAAGACUUCAGAAGUCAAGAACGGCUGCUGUGUGCUGUAGAGGGUCAGACUACAUGAUGGGAACAGCCUCUCUAGUCUUCAACAGCUCUGUUAGUCUCUGUGCAUAUAGUUACACGGUAUGGACUUCGGUGCCAUUUAUUUUAGAGCGAUGACACCAAUAAGGUGAGACUAGAAGAGGAAGAAAGGCGCCUGGUGGUUCAAGCAGAGUGGCUGGGGGCAACAGUUCCUGACAUCCAGCUGCCUGUUACACGUUAGACAUUAAUUUUAUCCAAAGUCUACAAAAAUCAGUGUGAAUGCUGCCACAGCUUUUGAUUGCUGUGUCUCCACCUAUUACACAUCUCUGAAGUGCUUUGAGACCUUUGGAUUAACAUCACUCUGAAAGUUUCAAGAGUGAUUAUGAAAGAACACAGGUCACUUUUCCUGACUGGGUCUAGUUCCCCCAGUAGUUUAUGUGUGAUCAUAUUACUGAUUUUUGGUGCUUUUCUGCAGAGUGAAUGUACUUCUAACGCAUAAAUGCUCUCCUUUCAUGUUGGUAUUAUAAAUAGCUCUUGCAAUAAACAUCAGAAGUCUCAGCUUCUGGCCAUAUAACUUCAUUUAUAUCAAGGUAUGUAAAAGUGCUGAUGCUGUACUUGUUCAUGGUCUCCAAGAGACCUACACAGGAGAACAGUUUCAGCUGCAGAGAUGGAGAAUGUCUGCCCAGGAGGCUGCCACUUCGUGACUGCUCACUAGGAGCAGGACAGGGGGCUUGGACCCCCUCAGAGAAGGGGGCUCAGACAAGGGGAACGAUCCUCCUUCUCCUGAGCAAAGAAUCUAGCUGCUAGGUUAUUUUAUGAGACCCAGAUUGCAACACCAUAAUGGAAAUAACAUUUUAACAGCAAGCAGCCACAACUGCAUAUUGCACAUGCCCUGGCUGAUCAGUUGUCUGAGAUCCCCAACCACAAUAGGCCUUUUGCAAGGUUCCAGCUGAAAGGCUGAACACAGGCUUGGCGCCUGCUGGGCUUCACCCGCACUUGCCUUGUCUGAGCUAGUUGCUGCAAGCUCCCCGUGUAGUCACUGGGGAGAAAGAGACACUUUGGGGGUGACUUAUUGCAAAGCAGACAUCUGCCUAAGAACAGAUCAGAUGAACUGUGCCCUAUAAAAGCAGCUCUUUCUGGCUGACUACAUCAGAUAUCAAUGCCUACGUACCACACACGCAAAUGUAGAUCAGCUGAGUCUCAGCCCAGGUUGUUCAGGUGAGGACAGGUCUGUGCUACUGCACCAGUGCCCAAAGAAGCUGAAAAUCAGCAGGGAGCUGAGCACAGAGGUCAGCCCGGCUCUGCUGCUGCGUGCUCAGAUCCCAGGAGGAGAUGGGGCACCACCCAUGCUUUAUUAGUGCUCUGAGGUCUGCAGGCUGUUUUCUGGGACCUGCCUUUGGGGUCAUUCUGCAUCUGGAAGCACAUUAUGUCCUUCAAAGCAGCCAAGUAGAAAAGCAUGGGCCUGGCCAGGAGAUUGAAGAAGACAAAUACCAGCUUCAGCGAGUUUCUGCAGCAAGCUCCAUAUUAUUGAGUGAAAGACACACUUGAAAACAAAAUAGAUGAAUAGAUCUUACUCUGAAUGUUAUUCAAGGAUGCCACUGCUCUGCAGUUCCCUGGUACCAAACUCCAGCUGCUGCAGGUCAAUAGACCCCCUGGGAUUUGAUUUUGAGGCAAGGUCCUUGCUUAACUUCCCAGGCUUGAAAAAAACAGUUGACAAAUGACAUGGGCAAGGCAAGGCUUGGUCCAGCCAUGCAGUUGUGUCUGAUUUUCAAUUCCUUCCUGCAGAUACUAGCUGGGGCCAUGCAGACAGGAGCAGCAGCGCCAUGUUGGCACAGGACCUGCCUGGAUUAGCCCCACUGUGCCCAGCACAGCCUGCCCUGCCCGGGUGUCUGCACCGGGCUCACCCCACGGCGCCCUGCGUGCCAGCGAGCUGUGACAGCUGACUUUCCAGAGGGGCUGUGCAUAUCCAAGUGCAAAUGAACCUCAGGGAGGGUCUGCGGGCUGGUGCCUGUCUGUGUAGGCAGCAGAGCUGGGGGACCUGCAAGCUGCCGGAACUGCACGCUUGGCAGAGCUCUCUGGGCAUGGCAUCCGACAAGGGCCAGGCAGACUGCCAGGACAACACGUGCACAUCUGGCUACACAGGACCCAGGGAAAGGAGAAGCAUCAGCAUCCUGAUCCAUGCUGGCCUGAUCCCAGCUUGCUCUAGCCAUCUCUCCUCUCCUGUAAUUACUAAAAGCAAUAGCAAAGAAGGGGUCUCUGCCAUCUGGUCAGUGACUAGCCAGCUGAAGACUCUCACCAGGGCCUCUGGGCACUGCUGAUGAAGAAGAGGGAGACAGGUGAUGUACUGCAUUUUAGACAGGGAAACUGA